AUGUCUGUUCUGGUGGGGAGGAAGUUCCCGCUGGAGCCGGCGCUGCUUCUUCUAAAUGACGACUCCAGACUUAAGAUCACUGAGAUAGAGCCCCACACUAUACCCACGCCCAGCCCAUACUUUACCCACGCUCUCCCCAUUGUGCCUACACCCAGCCCGCACUGUACCCACGCUCUCCCCAUUGUGCCCACACCCAUUCCACACUGUACCCACACUCUCCCCACACCCAGUCCACAGUGUACCCACACCCACACCUUGCCCACAUCCAGCCCACACUAUGCCCAUGCUCUCCCCAUUGUGCCCACACCCAGCCAACACUAUUCCCAAGCUCACCCCAUUGUGCCCACAUCGAGCCCACACUAUGCCCAUGCUCUCCCCAUUGUGCCCACACCCAGCCCACACUAUUCCCAAGCUCACCCCAUUGUGCCCACACCCAGCCCACACUUCCACACUGUACCCACACUCUCCCCACACCCAACCCACACUGUACCCAUACUCCCCACACCCAGCCCACACUGUACCCACACUCUCCCCAUACCCAGCCCACACUAUACCCACACUCUCCCCAUUGUGCCCACACCCAGCCCACACUAUACCCAUGCUCUCCCCAUUGUGCCCACACUAUGCCCAUUGUGCCCACACCCAGCCCACACUAUGCCCACGCUCUCCCAAUGGUGCCCAUACACUGUGCCCACACUCUCCCCACACCCAGUCCACACUCUCCCCAUUGUGCCCACACCAAGCCCACACUGUACCCACACUCUCCCCAUUGUGCCCACUCCCAGUCCACAGUGUAUGUACCCUCACUCUCCCCACAAGGUUGGGAAUCGUUAG